GAUGGCCGCUGCGCCGAGCGAAGAACAAUUUGCUGUGCUCCAGAUAUUGCUAAAAGCUUCCAAAAAAGAUGAGGUCCGGCACCUAUGUCAAGAGUGCUUUCUGAGUUCAGCCAAUGGUUCAGAGAAACUGAUUGAGGACACCUGUACCACUCUCUCAGUUGCAUCAGAUGAAGCAAAGCAAUUGAUCUGUUCUUUGCACAGGCUUUCAAGGUAUGUUGUGCAUCGAGGCCUGAUCUCCCCAGAAGAAAUUCUCUCCCUCUUUCCAGAAGGCUUCCACCAGAACCUUAAAAACCUUCUGACCAAGAUAAUCCUGGAAAACUUAUCUGCCUGGAGAAAUGAAGUACAAGCCAGUCAGAUUUCCCUUCCCCGGCUGAUUGAUAUGGACUGGCGAGUGGACAUCAAGACCUCCUCAGAUAGUGUCAGCAGAAUGGCUGUCCCCACCUGCCUGCUACAGCUGAAGAUUCAGGAAGAUGCUGCCUUAUGUGGGAAUGACCUCACAACCUCUUCAUUGACAAUAGAGCUGAAUAAGCAAACAGUGGACACAAUGCUUGAUGGCCUGGGGAGAAUUCGUGACCAGCUUUCAGCUGUUGCAAAUAAGUAAUCCUCCAGACGGGGAAUUCUAGUUCAGAUACAGGAAAGAACUUUCUUGCAAACAAACCUUUUCAUUCCUCUUUCUCAUAACCAAACACAUUUUUUGAAAGGGUACCUUUUCACUUCGUGGUGGUGGGCAUCUCAAAAGCAAAAGUUCCAUAUCCUCAGUUCGGUGCCUGACAUAGCCUCUUGAUGCUAAUCCAGACUGUACCUUGUCUAUAGUCUUAAAGAAGCUUGGCUUGUUGUAAUAGGAAGAGGAGCAGCCAGUAAGAGAUGACCCUAUCUCCUUGCCCUGGGACUAAAAGCACUAAUAGGCUGCAUUCCAGCCUCAACAGACUCUUGAAAGGUGUGUGCUGAGUAUGAGACUUCCUACCCUAUUUAUUGAGGUACUGCUUCUGAGAUAGAGGAAUUAUGCUGCAACUCCCUAUCAAAAAAUGCCUGGGGAAGCUCAGUUGGGAAGCUGCUAGCCCUCCCUUGUGUUGGAGAAGAGGAAGUGGAGAAGUUCUGUGAGAUCCUUGGAUGUAUCAAAGGAAAUGACUAAUGGCGAUUGGUGAUUGUUAUAG